GGUUCGAUUCCUGUUGAGGGGUUGUUGUUAAAUUUAAUUAAAUAUUAACAUUAUUGAUUUUCAUCACUUUCUGAGGUAUAUCAGCCGGUAGUAACGUUACCUAGUAGAACAUUGUCUUUUCUUUUGUUGUUGUUGUUGUUUUGAGCGGAAGUCGCUGCCUGGUUACGUCAAAGAUUCUAAACUGUAACUCUGGUUACGUCCUCGCGGGGAUGUGCGCGCCCCAAAUGUCAAAACCGGCACUUCCAAAGUUAGGGUUUUGUCACAGGUGACGGCUAACUUCGCUUCUCCAACAUGAUGUUUUACACUCAACUCUUCACGUCCAAGCGGGGACCCCUUGCCAAAAUCUGGCUUGCAGCGCACUGGGAAAGGAAACUCACUAAGGUUCAUGUAUUUGAAUGUAAUUUGGAAACAACCAUCAAAGACAUCAUCUCCCCAAAGAUGAAGAUCGGUUUAAGGACAUCUGGUCAUCUGCUGGUUGGUGUGGUCAGGAUCUACUCCAGGAAAGCAAAGUACCUCCUUGCAGACUGCAGUGAUGCCCUGGUUAAAAUUAAAAUGGCAUUCAGGCCAGGUCAGACUGAUUUGCCGGUGGGGGGGCUCGAGGCAACGCUAAAAGCAAUUACCUUGAUCGAAGAUUUCACUGACUUUGAUACCCAGCUUCCAAACCCAAGUAACAUAGAUGUCGAGGACCACUUUUCUCUGAACCAGUGUCGAUCGGAGGACAUCACUCUCAAAGAGGAUUUUGGAAACGGCUUUCUGAACUUUGUAGAUUUCGGAGAUGAGUCCCAGAGCCACAAGAAUGGGCUGCUGGACAUGAGCUUCCAGAGCUUCACUCAACAUGGAGACGCUUUUGGGGAUGAGGAUCGAGGAUUCGAGCUACUCGACUUCCUGACUCACUCCAGUGAUAAUGCUGAGUCCACCGACGUCACUGCAGAAGAGCCUCAAAAUGAAAUCCCAGAGAUUUCUACACUCAAGAAUCAACGAGAUGCUGAUAGAAAGGAGGCGGCGACACCGAACGAGACCACGCUGCUCUCUAACGAGGAGGAGGCCUUUGCUCUCGAACCUGUGACCGUCACUCCAAACUGCGAGAAGAAGAGGGGGAAGAGGAAACGCAAGUUGGUUGUGGACCAGACCAAAGAGCUGACCAACGAAUUCAUCAGAGAGCAGCUUUCCAACUAUUCAGAUCUGGUCGCCCCCUUGGACAUGGCCCCCGCGACCCUGCAGCUCAUGCAGUGGAAGGAGAGCGGGGGGUCAGACAAACUCUUUGCACAGCCGUGUUCAGCUGUAGCAGCUCCAGAGAUAAAAGAGUUCUUUGCCAAAAGUUUUUUCCAGGUGAAACGAGAUGUGCGUAACGAGGUCGAGGUGAUGCGCCAGGAUGCACAAGAUGGUAGGAAUUAAUUUAUGAAAUAUGAUCUCAGUUGUUGUUCUGCCUUCUGUUACAUCUGAUCUCUCUGUCUGUCUGUCUCUCUGUCUCUCUCUCUCUCUGUCUGUCUCUC